UAAUGUAUUUUUUGUACAAUAAAAAUUAAUGUAUUCAUUUAAUCUAUUUGCUAAUAAUUAUUAUAUUUAUAUUUAUAACGAGUAAAUUGUAUAAAAAUAUAUUCGGUAUUAGUUCGCGGAUGGAAAAAGAUGUAAGCUUACGUCAUCGUUACAUAAAUAUAUCGACUUAUAAUUCAUAACAUUCAUAACGCCGGGGACGUUGGCAUCAAUUGAGACUAACAGCGCACUUAGGGGUUGCCUGCACUGCGCUGAAUCGAUCGUGACGGCGCGCGUGCGCGAACAACAUCAUACGUCAGUGGUGUGAAAUCGCGAGUGGUAGCAGGUCUCGCCAUGCCGAAACCCACCCCCGUGGAGGACCUCAUAAUACCCCCUCAAGACCAAAAAAUAUGCGGGACCAUAUGCGUCUGCCAAAUGACGGCCAUACUCAGCUGCGUCGCGAUUGUGUACCUGACCGUUGCAAUCUACAUGCCGUACACUCGGGCGAUCGCAUCGGGGAUCGACCCGACUCCGAUCAUGUGCACGACGACGAGGGCCGUUAACAAAGAGAAUUGCGAUUGGGGCUCGUGUGGGGAAUGGUGCUUGAGCAAAACCUCGGGCGCCUGCAUUCAGAUCUACGUCAACCUCAGGAAGAACGGCUCUUCGUUAUUACUGUCCGAAUGUGGCAGUGCUGCAAACAAAACCUGUUACGGCAUAGACCAAGAGAACGCCAAAAAGUAUCAUUGUAUACGAGACGAAUGCAGAAAUCUGACUGGAACGUUCAAUUGCACGGAAGGAAAAUGUAUAAACAUAACAGACGCUUUCGAAUGCGCUUUUAGAGAUACAGAUCCUCCCUUGAAAUGUUCAGGUAGAAGAGGAAAAAUAACUUGUAUAGAUGUCCACGGAUUAUUUUCAUGUAGUAGAGGCACUUGUAGAAAAAUAAGAACACCAUACAACUGUGACAGGCGCUGUGUUGACAUCCCUACUCGUAACAAGAACGUCAUAGUAUUGAGUGGUGACAGAGUCUUCCUAGCAAAAUGUGCUAAAUUGGCGCAAGAGGAAGGUGGUAAUGUAGUUUGGACUGACUCAGGAGAAGAAGUUUUAAUGUUGUCUUGUCAUGCAGUUCAUAACGGCUCAUCGGGGGUGGUAGCUGUAGAUUGUAUUAACGCGGCUUUGUUGCCCCGUACUGAAAUAUCGGAUCUAACAAAUUUUACAUAUUUACAAUAUUUAUAUACCUCAAAGGCAACACCUAAUAGACUUAUCGCUCCGUCUGAAGUGGAGUUAACAUUAGCGAAUGACAGCAGAUUGAUGAUAAAUCUAGAAGGAUGUGUCAAUACACUUGCUGAUGAAUGUAAGGAAUUCUUAAAAGAUUAUGGACGUGAUGGUACCGACCACAACGCCAAAGCCAGAUUCCCCUGUUUUUAUACAGAGAGCAAUCCAGACACCGUGGUAGCGAGAUUUGAUUUGGACGCCACCUAUCGUCAAUUCAUUGUAGCUUUAAUACUCCCCACAGUUCUAAUUGUAGUUUCGUGUAUAACUUUAAUGUUGUGUCAAAAGACGGUUGAAGUGGGAGACGAUGCAAAGAUGCGAAUUAAAGGUUGCGGAAGUGGACAAGCUGAUAUGCAACUAUCUCCGAACGAUCCUGUAUCUCCCCUCUGA